ACAAAGUCAAAGUUUUUAAAAUUCAAAUUUCAUUCAAGUUCUAACGAAAUAAAACUAAACCGCUAAAAAAAGAAAUGAUAGUAACGUAAAUUAGAUCAUAUAGGUGGUUUUCUUAUUAUAAAGGGACAUAAAUAUUGUUUAUUGAGUGAUUUACAAAGAUGUCAAUGGUUCCGAAGAGUCCGCGACAUAAUUGUUAUUUCGGUUGCAAGGUAAAAGGUCCAUUGCAUCAUUUUCCUAAACUUAAUGACAUAGAAAGGUUUAAUGUAUGGAAAAAGGUUUUGCAUAAUGAUAUAAUAGCAAAGGGAGAUAUAUUUAUAUUUAACCAAUUAAGGUUAUGUAAUAAGCAUUUUGAAUCGUGUUAUAUAUCUCCGAGCAAUAGGUUAACCAAAAACUCUUAUCCAACACUAUAUUUAAAUGGUAAUUCUGACAGUGCACCGACCACUGAAAUAUGUAUGGAAUUGCCUACGAUUGUAACAGACCAGAAUAGUCUCUUAAAUGAAGAUGAUGAGAUGCCUAUCAGUCCACCAACAUCCCCAGAUGUAUGUAUGGAGGUUGCAGAUCAAGAUACUGACUUAAAUGAAGCGUUUUUGGAAGGUAAAUGUAUUUGCUGUCUUAAAGAAGGUGAUUUACAAAACUUAUGGGAACCUUACGUAUAUGAAGGUGUGACUGAAAUAUAUGGAGAAAUGUUGUCAGAAUGUUAUACUCUAACACCACAAUCUGAAGAUAAUUUACAGAGCAUAGAAAUGAUAUGCCAUUGCUGUAUUAAGAGGUUGAGAGAUGCUCUCAGUUUUAGAAGAGAAGUAAUGUCAAGUGCACAGAUGCUACAAAACUAUCGGAAAAAAUUGUUACUACACACAAAAGAAGAAGAAGAUCCGUUGAAGUUAAAAAUGGAAUCACAAUGUGAAAAUAUUGAAAAUAUAAAUAUCACGAAAGUUAAAGAUCAAUCGACUGAAAACUCAAGAAGCGUAGGACUUUUUCAAAUUAAAUGUUUCCAUCGUCCGAAGAAAUUCAUCGGGACGAAUAAACUGCAACUUAACCAAAAAACGAAUAAAGAAAGAGAGAAAAUAAAAAUAUGUGAGUACUGCGGGAAGAAAUUCGAUUGGUUCCAGGAUUACGUCACACAUAUGAAAAUAACCCACGGCAUCAAAAAGAGUUUUAAAUACAAAGAUUGUGCUCAAAAAAUUCUAAAUAAACAAAUAAACAUAAAACAGAAUAUGCAUUAUAGCAUAAAAAUAUAAAAGUGCGCACGCGACUGAACUAUCGCACAAUUGUUUAGUUUCGCUAUGAUCCUAUUAGCUUAUCUGGAGAUGCGCACACUCGAUUGUUAGUUGUUCAACUAAACAGUUAAAUUGGCUGCAAAACAAUCGACAUUCGACAAUCGCACAAGUUUUAUGCCAUUGUCGAAUUGUUAAUACUAAAAUCAUGCAUUUUCAUAAAUUGCAAAUAAUUACGUUUUGUUUUAAAUUUAAGACAUUUGUUAUAAAUAAAAAACUUUAAUUUUUGUAUAA